AUGCCUCCUCGAGCAGUACGCGACGGCUCCUCGAGCUUCUACGCAAACAAUCCUUCUGAUCCUCUCGUGACCAUCAACUUUAUUCACCGCCGGAGUCGCCUCCGAUGGCCUGGCCUAACUGAGGAACAAACCACAAUCGUUAUGAACUACCUUGAGGAAGACGUUUACCGCCCAGAGCGACCUAUCGUGGCUUCUACUUCCCAUCGCCAGCGUCAGGAGCUCCAUGACGCUAUCAUCCUUCACUACCAGGGAUUGUUACACCGUCUCCCCGGUCUCCGUGGAUUCUGCCGUAUGGAGAUCGUCAAUGCUGCAGUCACUAUGCCCCUUCUCACCUUUCUGUGGUGCGUCAACAGCUACGUAGAGUGGGUUGAGAUCAACAAUCACUGGUUCGGCCCUAUCCUCUACCAUCGCAUCCGCAUGGAAGAACCCUAUGCUGUGCCGGCCGACAUACAGGAAUUCCAGUCUAUCGAGUUUCUCAGACACUACUCUCUUGUUGUUGCCGUUGCCGGCAUCCUCUGCCUUGCUUUUGACGACAAUAGCCACGAUGCAGGUGAGAGCCUCGACUAA